AUGAGAACACAAGCAGCAGGAGCCUUGUACGCGUUUCUAGCACUAUCCUGUCUUGGAACCACAUUAUGUGGCGUCAUAACGGAAAUUGGUAAACCGCUUCAGCAGGCUGGCAACGUUGUCAAUGAAUUGAAUAGCAAAAUACCCAAUGUCGCAAACAUAGAACCCGCCCUCGAUAGCGUUAAUACUGUUAAAGAUGCCGCCAAAGAAGUCGGUGAUAAAAUAUCCGAUCUAAAUCCCAUUGAGAACAUCAUCAGUCCUGUUCCGGAAUUGGAUUUCUUUCAUAAGUUAAUUUCUAUGCUCAGCAAAUUGAUGUCAUCAGUGAACCCCCAUCAUUCUGAAGAGCACAAGGAAGAUGAGGUGUCAGCUACAGAGGAUCCGGUCGAUAAUUCUUCAGAAAUACCAAGUGAUUCCGACGCCGAUGAGCAGGCAUCAAAGGAAGAGGACCAUAAUUCCUCAGAAGUACCAAGUGAUUCCGACGACGAUGAACAAGCAUCAGAGGAUCCAGUCGAUAAUUCUUCAGAAAUACCAAGUGAUUCCGACGCCGAUGAACAGGCAUCAGAGGAUUCACAUCAGGAGGAAGAGGACGAUAACUCCUCAGAAAUAUCAGGGGAUUCCGACGCCGAUGAGCAGGCAUCAGAGGAAGAGGACGAUAAUUCCUCAGAAAUACCAAGUGAUUCUGACGCCGAUGAAUCGGCAUCAGAGAAAGAGGACGAUAAUUCCUCAGAAAUAUCAAAUGAUUCCGACGACGAUGAAUCAGCAUCAAAGGAAGAGGACAAUAAUUCCUCAGAAAUAUCAGGGGAUUCCGACAACGCAGCGUCAGCAUCAGACGCAAUGACUAUCCGCUAUUGA